GCAUACUUCUCCACAAAAAACACAAAGGCCAAGGUAAACUACACUAUCUACAACAAGGAGAUGCUGGCAGUUAUUAACACUAAGCUAAGAUCUAUAAAACACUUUAUAGUUAUUACUAACUACAAGAAUCUAGAGUACUUCUGCAAAACAAGGUUGCUGUUAGAAAGGCACAUUAGGUAG